ACUUGCCUUGCCUAUCGGCGUGUGAAGCGACCCUGCCUUAAAUUAUAAAUUUGAGAAUUUUAUACAGUACUGUAAUUGACUUUUCAGACAGCAAUCGCUGCAUGAAAAACAGGCGGGUUAGAAGAGUUGGGGUAGAAAGAAAAGACAAGCUGAGGGAGGACCUCUGCCUCACCUGUCCUUCUUGCAACAUGGACUGGUUUCAUUGCAACCAGUGCUUUAUCCAGGACGCAUCUGACUAUUACGUCACCAGCUGUGGACACAUAUUUUGCAAAAAAUGUGCUGGUACAGAUAAAUGCCCAUCAUGUGGAACCAGCUGCAAAUACUUGUUUCUCAAUAAUAAUAUGAAAGAAGAUGAAAAAAAGUUUUUCAAAAGCCCUGUUGAAACUGCUCUCAACUAUAUCACCCAUCUAUCUCAGGUGUGCAUGUUCCAGAAGGGCCAGAUGGAGCUUUUAGUUUCUUUCUACAAACACAAUGCUUCAAAAGCAGAGGGAGCUCUUCAGGAAGCUCACCAGAAACUAACUAUCCAAGAAAAGAAUUUGGAGGCAAUACGGAGAGAGAACAGGGAACUGAAGAAAAAGUGUAACAACAUGAAGGCUUUUCCGAGACACCGCCAGAGUAGCAGAAACAGCACUCCGAGGCCAGUCGGUGUCACACACCCAUCACCCAGAGUUACACCACAACCUAUUUCCCAGCACUCCAGUGAGGUAGUCAGUCGCUCAUCUUCCAUGGAUGCCAUCUCUUCCAGAACCAGCCAGCUAUCAAACUGGCAAAUAAUAUUAAAAAGCAGAGAUUUCUCACUUGUACCCAGCAUGCCACAGGAUCCACUAGGAUGACCCCAGCUGACUCUAUAAAUGGUAAGAAAUAGCUUCAGAUAAAAGGUAGGGAACACAAAAUUUGGCAAAAGAAAUUAAACUAGACAAUAAGAGAUUGGGGUAGGGAAAAGAAUUAAAGGAUCACACCACCAAAAUCAUUAAGACCAACACUAAAGUAUUUUUAUAUGCAUUAGAAGCAGGAAACCAGCUAGGGAGGCAGUUAGACCUGUGUCUAAAGGAGUCAAAGGUGUGCUAAAGGAGGAAGAGGAGAUUGCAGACAAGCUGAAUGAAUGCUUUGCAUCAGUUUUCAUUGCACAAGCCAUAGGGCAGGUCACUAUGUCUGAACUAAUUUUCUCAGGAAGAGAGCCUGAGGAACCAAGGGAAAUAGUGGUGACAAGAGACGAGGUCCCAGGCCAUACUGACAAAUUAAAAACAAAUUAACUUAUCAUAUCCAAAUGGCAUCCAUUCAAGAAUUCUUAAAGAACUCAAAGGUGAAACUGCUGAUCUUUUAAUGGAAAUAUGUAACUUGCCUGUAAGAUCAGCCCCCACACUGGAGGACUGGGAAAUCGCCAAUGUAACACCAAUUUUUAAAAGGUGGAUCCAAGGAGAUCUAGGAGAGUACAGCCCAGUUAGCUUAAUUUUGUAGGAAAGCUGGUGGAGAGCAUUAUGAAGAACUGCCAGACAUAAAAAGACUUGCUGAAUUAAAACUACCAUGUUUACUACAAGUGUAAUACUUGUCUCAUUAACAUUUUGCAGUUCUUUGAGAGUGUCAAACAUAGUGCCAAACACUUUCAAAACAUUCCUCAUCAAAAACUCACAAGUAUGAUUACC